AUGGAGACCACAGACAACCCAGAUGACAACUUCACUGUUGACUAUGACAUGGAUAGUUUUGUGUGCGAACACGAGUCAUUUGACUUUGCCACCAUGAGCACCACCGUCUUCUACCCCCUGGUAUUCCUCCUCAGCCUGCUGGGCAACAGCCUGGUAUUGUGGGUCCUGGUGAAAUAUGAAAAUCUGGAGUCUCUCACCAAUGUCUUCAUCCUCAAUCUGUGCAUUUCAGACCUGGUGUUCUCUAGCUUGAUGCCUUUGUGGAUCUUAGAAUAUCACAUUGACUGGUUUCUGGGAGACUUCGUGUGUAAACUCUCCAACAUGCUCUUUUCCAUCAGCCUAUACAGCAGCAUCUUCUUCCUGACCGUUAUGACAGUCCACCGCUACCUAUCUGUAGUGAACCCCCUCUCCUCCUUGAAUUUUAACACCUUCAAGUGCCGCAUGAUGGUGACCACAGUCAUGUGGACAGCCAGUAUCCUAUCCUCCAUCCCUGACACCAUGUUCCACGAGGUGAAUUAUGGUCGAUGUGACUAUUCAGAGAUCAAGUGGCAUGUCAUCUCUGUCUACCAGCACAAUACCUUCUUCCUACUCUCUCUGGGAACUAUUGUGUUCUGCUAUGUGAAAAUUCUUCGCACCCUGCUUCGCAUGCGAUCCAAACGUCACCACCGGACAGUCCUGCUUAUCCUUACUAUUGUGGUGGCUUACUUUCUCAGCUGGGCUCCCUACAACCUGAUUUUGUUUCUGGAGACGUUAUUGAAACUUCAAUUUAUCAAAGACUGCCAGACCAAACAACAGAUAGACUACGCCUUGCUCAUCUGCCGGCAUCUUGCCUUCUCCCACUGCUGCCUCAACCCAGUGCUCUAUGUCUUUGUGGGCAUCAAGUUCCGCAGACACCUUAAAAAUCUCUUCCGGCGUUACUGGCUCUGCCAGCAGCAGGCAUCCAGUCCAUUCCCCAAACCUCACUCCCUGGGUGGAUUCAACUAUGAGGGUGCUUCCUUCUAUUGA